CAAAUUAGUGUUACAUUUUUGCUCUGUGCAGUCAGUGAACAGACAGUUCAUGUGCUGCGAAGAUUUGAACGCAGAACGCAGUCAGCGAAACACCGUGCUCAAUAUGGGGUUCCUAGCAGACGUGAAAGGUUUUUUGGAAUUGAUCUACGAAAUCGGAAGCCCAAAGUUCUUCUGGAUUACUUUCACCCGAAUAAUUUUUCCAUACUUUUGGCGCACCUUGUGGCACGGAAAGUCGAUCGAAUAUCGGGCCUUGGAUUUCGUCAAGAAGACGGCCAAAGAGGGCAAUCCUGGCAGCGUGCUAGACGCCUUAGAGGAGUACCACUUGAACUAUGAGGUCAUGAUGGCUGUUAUGCCCGAAAAAAGACGAAAGAUAGAAGAGGUUGCGCGGAAGGCAGCCCCCAAAGUCUGCUUGGAGAUGGGUUGUUUCGUGGGUGUGUCUGCGAUGGCAGUGGCUCGUCAUAUCCCUCCCGGAGGCCGCCUGAUCACGACGGAGAUAGACACUUUAACCGCCAAAGCGGCCCGGGAGUUGUUUAGCUUUGCUGGUCUCGAUCAGGUCAUCACCGUCGUAAAUGAAAGAGCUGAAGACGUCAUCAAAGUCCUCCGCAGCGAGUACUCCGUGGACAAGCUGGAUUUGGUCGUUCUGGACCACCGGAAGUGGUCGUACCUGCCCGACCUCAAGGCGUUGGAGAAAGGGGGGUUCCUUCACAAGGGAACCGUUAUCAUAGCUGACGACUGUUUCUGGCCUUGCGUCCCUGGCUACCUGGAGUACGUGGAGAAUGACCCCAGGUACCAGACAGAGCGGUUUUACAGUGUGUCGUUUCCGGGGGUGUUCGACAUACCUGACGCCAUUGCAAUAUCCACUUACAAGGGAGGCGAUAAUAAUUAGAAACAGUAAUAAAACUUAAUACUGAGGUUACAACUGAGUGUUUUUAAUCAAAACCUGACGAUUAGUCACAGUUGGUGUAAUAAACAUUGUUUUACUAUGUCACAGUCGCAGUUUGGUUGGCAAAUCAUGGCUAGCUGUCAGCAUAAUACAAGUAAUAAUUUACAAAAAAAUCAUACUAAUACGACCGUUUCACAGUAA